UAAACAACCCUUUUGUAAAAAUGAUUUACACAAAACAAGAAUGGUAUACUCCAUCCGAAGUAGUUAUUCAUAAUACACUUGAAGAUUGCUGGGUCUCCGUCAAUGGGUUUGUUAGGAACCUCACACCCUGGCUUCAGGACCAAUGGAGGUUCUGUAAGUGCGUAAAACGAUGCUCCUGUGCAGUCAAGAACUGGUACUGUGAAGACACUUGCAGAGAGUACUGUCGGUGUUCUGAUGAGGGAUACCUUUAUUGUGAUGCUAAGACGCUAGCCAUGAUCGUCCUAGCCUACGCCGGCAAAGACGUCACCCAUUGGUUUGUCGACGGAGAAUGGGUGCACUACACCCAUCCGAUAGUGGGUUCCCGCACCCCCUUCCACACCCACGGCGCGGGUAACCGGCAACCAGUGGUGCCGUCAACCAGGUGGCGACCCCUGGUGAACCCCUGGUGGCUGGAUGACAGCAACAUCGUUGGGAAAUUGACCAGCAAACCGCGACCAGUUCGCAUCACCAAUACUUUGACCGGAUCUUCCGUCACCCUGGAAGUAUGCUCCGAGGAGACUAUCCACCAGAUCAUGAUGCGCUACCUCCCCCACAACUCCCACAUGGCGUCAUACACCUGGUGCCAUGGUAAGCGAGUACUGGACUGCACCAAAACCCUGGAAGAGAAUGGUAUACCUGACGAGAGGGACAGGUACCUCGAAGUGGGGUUACCUGAGAACGUCUAUAUACCGAACAUAAUGCUGUAUUACAAUGAUGACAUGACUACUGAUCCACCCAAACAUAUAGAUUGCGAUUUCAAAGAAUAAAAGUGUUUUUUUUUUAUAUGUCAUUUACU